AUGAACUGGCAUAUGAUCAUUUCUGCGCUGAUCGUGGUGGUCCUGAAAGUCAUUGGAAUGACCUUUUUCCUACUGCAUUGUGAAGAAAUCUUCUCUUAUUCAUCAAUAGGUUUCACCCCAAACACCUAUUUCUCUUCUUUGAUGUCUCCAGAAUGCCCCAGAGGGUGGAAUCUGAAUUCAGGGAGAUGUUUCUUCUUGUCAACCACUGAAUUGCCUUGGGAGAACAGCAGGAAGAGUUGUGAAGAUGAGGGGUCCUCCCUGGCCAUAGUCAACACCCAAGAGAAGCUGACGUUUCUCAAAGACAAAAUUAGUGCCGAAAAGUACUUCAUAGGCUUAGUGUACCAGCCUUCGGAGAAAAGGUGGCGAUGGAUCAACAACUCUGCAUUCACUGGCAAUGUCACCAGCUACAGUCAGGAUUUCCACUGUGUGACCAUAGGCCCAACAACGACAUUUGAUUCUGCACUGUGUGACAUCAGCUACCGCUGGAUCUGUGAGAAGAAAGCCAAAUAA